UGCUCUGUGUUUAAAAACAACGAGGCCUGACCAUAAGGCUGAAUCCCCGAGUUCACAGUGAUGGAGGUGCCCGAGCCUGAGAUCUUGCUUCCGGCGCGUGCUAUUUCGCCUACCCCAUUACUGACCGCCAGCAGCAAAUCAGAUGCUCAGGUCCCAGGCGUGUGCUCGUUGUGCUUCUCUGGUCCCGGGCGAUACACGUGCCCGCGAUGUAACGCCCAGUACUGCAGCCUAGCUUGUUACCGAGGUCCGCGGCAUGAAGCCUGCUCCGAGAGCUUCUACAGGGAGUCUGUACUUCAGGCCUUGCGGGAGGAACAGAGUGAUCCGCAGGAAAGGCGGCAAGUUGAGGAAAUGCUGCUGAAACUGAGGGAUGAGGAGGCCAUGAUGGAGAAGCCUGGGCUGGAUGCACACUCAGAGGGGGAUGGAAAGGAAAGCAAUCUGUGGAGCAGCUUAACAGACUCUGAGAAGAAAGACUUUCAUAGGCUCCUUCAGAAUGGGGGUAUUGGGGUGCUGGUCCCACAGUGGAAGCCAUGGUGGCACCAGGAGUCAGCAGAGAGAACAAGUCACAAAAUAUCUGAGCUGAGACAUCAAGGGCAAGUUACAGUUAGUGAGAAUGGGAACAGUCUCAGCCAAGGUGACAAUCACAGUAAAACCCUUCCUAGUGCAUCAAAUGUGUCCCAUCACCAGCUUCCAUCAGACCAUGAAGAGGCUCCUGAAUAUGUAGGUCAGAAGAAAACAAGGAUUCCUAUAGUAAAGAAUGAGUUAACAAACCAAAAAGAGAAACAUGAAGACCACAUAGAAAGGGUUUCUAGGCUAAGUCCUUCUAAAAGUAGUCAUGGAGAGCAAGAGAGAGAUAAACAGGUGAUGACGGACCUUCACAAUGUAGCAGACUCUUCAGAUGGUGGUGGUUGGGAAGAUGCUGGAAAGACACCGCAUAGAAGUGACUCACAGUACAAUAGUGGUAUGACCCAUCAGAACAAUGUUAAAAGUCCCUGCUCAGUUGGGGAGGAGAAAGAUAUUUCAGCAAAAAGUAUAGAUUUACAUGUGUUAAACUGUAUUUCUGAACAAGUGACAACAAGAGGAGAUGGCCUAGAUCCAAAGCAAAAAAUAUCAGAAGUCCCUGCUGUCUUCAAAUCUAUUCCAUCCUUACAUUCACUGAGUCGUAAUCCAUCUCCACUGGUCAGAUACAGUGUGGUCAACACCAUUUAUGCUUAUGCAUUUUCUCUACAAAGACAUAAUGGCGAUUUAAGUGACAAUGACGCACUUCUUGAUUUCACUGGAACAUUGUUGAGUGUCUCUGGAGCAUUGAGCUCUACAGUUGUAUACAACUCUACUGCGCUUGCUCUACAGAGUGCAGUGCGUUUAGCUUCUGACCCACAACUGGGAGGAGAUGAAGGUGGAGCUUGUAAUGCCAUAGAGUCAACUGCUCACAUCUUACUGGGAGAUGGGACCCACUGCUAUACCCUGGCCGCACUUUCCGACCUCUCUCAUUUGCUGGGGCGAGCACGUAAACUUGCAGAGGAUGAUGUAGGGCGCCGUGCAGCGUUUAAUGCCAAGAAGAAGUGUUUAUUCUUAGCUGCAUGGGUAAAUGAGAAUGCUUCAUGCCUUGCCAUACUGUCCAUAGAGGCAAAAAGGCAGCAUGACGAACAUUUGAAAUAUCUUACAGGGGUAACUGAGAUUGCUAAAAGGUUGGAGAAAUCCUGGGGUGGAAAAAGACCUCAUCAAAAAAAGCAACUGAUACAAGAAAUAAAUGAAGGUCAGGUGUAAAGUUAUGCUGCUGAUUAACCUCAUUUUGUGAUCCUGGUCGCUGUUGGACAAUAUGUAUUCUUCAUGCAACCUGACUUAAAAAAAAGACUUUGAUAUCAUUUAUGCCGUCCCUUUAAUUUAAUAUAUAGACUUUAAUAUCAAAUGUGCACUUGUCUAAUAAUUUUCCUAACUAUGCAUUAUAUUAAUGCUGUGGUUUUCCUUUCUCAAAGCUUUCUGUAUUCCCCCCCCCCCCCAAUAAAGGACAACACACACAAUAAAUGUGCUUCUAUGAUCAAAUUUUA